AUGAGAGGGUCCAAUCAUCCCACCACCCCAAACCUACGAACUUCGGUUCAACAUGAAUCAAGAUUAAUACCAAGAUCAACUUCGCCUCAGAUAUUCAGAAGAUCUUGGUCUCAACCGCUUUUACCAUUACAAUCCCAUGAACUGUCAUUGGACUCUUCUACAGUGAACAACCAUACUCUACCUGACUUGUCACUAAGAGGAGAUGCAUUCAACCCCUUUGUAGUAAGAACAAAUAGUAGUACUGAGAGUAACGACAGAGAGUUGAUGUUCACCACCACGUCAUCCCAACAAGCAUCUCAUUCAAGUUCAAGUCGUGAAUUAAGAACACCCAAAAGUUCUGAUACUCAUCGUACAUAUAUUGCUGAUGCAUUAGGGUUUCAAAAACAAGAACGGGUAUUGAACUACGAAUCAAAGCCAGUAUCUCCUACCAAGAAGAGAAGUCCUCCAAGGAAGCCAUCUCCUCUUAUGUCUGAUAAAUUCAACCAGGAUUCCCAGAAAGAAUUUGUUUGUCUGAUUCCAUCGUCUUCGUCGCUGACGUCACUCAGGAAACCUCGUCAGAAUGUGGUUGCAAAAUUGAAUCCAAGUACUAUUCUUCAAGCACCAGGAUUACGGAAUGACUUCUAUUCAAACUUAAUAUCCUGGAAUAAAUCAACCGGGAAGAUCCUUGUAGGGCUUAAGAGUCGAAUAUUUGUUUGGUGUGCUAAUAAUCAAGUUAAUGAAAUUGCCAUGGAACACCAAGGGAUGAUAACUGCCAUUGCCUGUUCAAAUCAUUCCUAUUUCACAUACGCUACAUUGAAUGGAGUCAUUGCAUUAGGAGAUCUUAAAAGCAAUCAGAUUCUAACGUCAAUCAAACUACCAAACAAUUGUGUAUAUUGUCUUCAAUGGUCACCAAGCUCGGAUAUUAUAUUUGCUGGUGAUGCAAGGGGCGAAGUGUUGAUAUUACAGAUUAAUAGGAGAGAAAACGAAUACCUGUUUCAUGAACAGAGUAGAAUGAAAUCCAAUGGUGAACAAAUAUGUGGCAUAGCAAUCUCCAUGGAUUCCAAGGAGGUAGCAGUAGGCGGAAACGAUAAUAAAUGUACUAUUUGGGACAUUGAAUCAAUCGAUCACCCUCAACUUAAACAUACACUUUUUCAUACUGCAGCAGUCAAAGCACUUGCCUAUUGUCCGUGGUCAACCUCAUUACUUGCCUCUGGUGGUGGAAGUAAAGAUAGAAAUGUUAGAUUCUGGCAUACUAAAAGUGGCACCCUUCUUCAAACAAUUGUAACUGAUUGGCAGAUAACCUCAAUACUCUGGUCUACAAUAAGAAAGGAAUUAGUGGUUACUUUUGGUUUCAGUACAGGAAAAGAAGACGUCAUGCUUCGAGUAUUUUCCUAUCCCAAUAUGCAAUAUCUUAAAGAAGUGUCAGCUUCUCCUAACACCAGGACAUUGAGUGCAUGUCUGAGCCCCGACGGUUGUUCUGUGUGCACAGCAAUCAAUGAUGAAACUAUUCACAUUUACAAGAUAUGGAGUUCACUGUUAAAAUUUACCCCCUCAAGUCAAAUAUUUGGUAAAGGUUCCUAUCAAAGCAGUAUUAUUGAAUUAGUAGAAGGGGUAGAUGAGACCGGUGAUCUAAUAAGUAAACUCUUGGGUGCAUUGCCUCCCAAAUACACCAAUGAUAUGCAACCAUGGGGAGUUGAGAAGUUGGGAGUGAAUUCUUCUUCUUCUUCUUCUUCUUCUUCGGAGAAAUCUUCAGCAACAGAAGAUGAUUUGUCGAAGCGAGUUGCUAAAGUUCAUCUCAAUGAGACCCCUGCUACCACUACUGAUAACUUGGGGUACUGUGAAGCCAUAUAUGAAUUCCAAUCAGAAGAAUCUGGUGAUAUCAAUUUGAAACAAGGAGAUAAGAUUAAGAUUACUGAAGUCUUAAGUGAUAGCUGGUGGAAGGGAUUUAAGAAGAACGAUGGUAAAGAACAUAUUGGUAUUUUCCCUGCUAAUUAUGUUAAAAAGAUUUCGGAAAGUGAAUAUGAAGAAGGCUUUAAACGAAGCAGUAACGAAAGAAUUGCGGCACCUCCGAAAUAUGAAUCUGUCGAGAAACCGGUAGCAUCAAACACACAAAUGCAAGCUCCAAAUUAUGGACCAAAUCAAGGCUAUCAAGACCAAUAUCAAGUCCAAUAUCAACCUCAGUAUCAACCUCAAUAUGGCCAACCAGUUGCUUAUGCUAACAAUAAUAAUGCACCUUAUCCUCCACCAUCAACUAAUUAUUAUCCUCCUCCACAACCCCAAAACCAAGAAGUUGUGGUUCAACAAGAAAGUGGUAGUCAUCAUGGAGGUCAUUUCAAGAAGUUUGGUAGUAAACUUGGAAAUGCAGCUAUUUUCGGUGCUGGUGCAUCAAUUGGUUCAAAUAUCGUUAAUUCUAUUUUUGACUAA